CUCGGUGGGGGACGACGUUGCGAAUUGUUAUUGAAGUCAUGCCCCCGAAGGCGACUUCGGGAAGGCUGUCAGUUGCUUGUAAACGGUCACAGCGUCCGUACCCGGGUGACCCGCGCAGUGUCCGCGCCGCGCUUGCCAUCUUUACUACAAACUACCGCGCUGCCGGGUUUACAAACAAGUGCCAACUUUUAACUUGUCAAACAUCGCGAACCGCUCUGUGAUUUAGUACUUAAAGACACUGAUUUUUAAUUAAGACUCAUACCAGUGACAAUAAGUUUGGUGAACUGCGAUAAUGAAACUUUUCGAAGAAUAACUCGAGUUGUGUGAACAUUGAGUGCAGUGACUGAGCGCGCGGUUUGUUGUGGCCGGCGAGUGUUUACCGCGCGCACGUGGCGCGCCCCCGCCCGCCCGCGGAAAUGCCGCGAAAAACUUUCUUCGAAAACAUCGCCGUAGUAUAAGUCGGAUCGCGAGGGGAGACGCGGAGCGGCGACCAUGACUCUAACCUGUGGCGUCUGAACACAAGCGCGGACUACAUGUACGUCGACACGAGAAGUGUUAUUUUUUUAUUAUUUUUUUUUCGUUGGAGGAGACGGUGCUCUCCGCUGGAUUGAUGAUUUAAAUGGCUAACAGCAGCGCUGUGUCGUCGACCUUACCGUCGAGGGAUUACCAUUGUAAGGUUUGCGAUCUCUAUCUGGACACUGUUGAUUCAUUAGAGGUACAUUUGCAAUAUCACAAGGAAAACUUGUACGUUAAAUGGGGCACGCAGAACUCUCAAAAUGACACUGAUAAUAAUAACGGGGCAAAAGUGAAAUCGGAGACUACAGUGUCAGCCCCGGCUGACUCCAGCGACAGCAUGAUCACGAAGCCGAGCCCGGAGUUCCAGCAGCGCGCCACGCCGGAGACCUCGGCGCAGUUCCCGCACCCCGCCACGCCGCAGAGCUACCACAGCGCACCCUCGCCCUACCAGAAUCCGGACCAAACCAACUUUUCACCAGGAGCUCAGUUCGGUAACAAUUACUCUCAUUCUGGCUUUCCACAAAAUCAACAUUCCGAACAAAUAAAUUGGGAACAGUCGCAGUAUAGUCAGGAGUACCAUAAACCCACACGAUUCCACCCAUACAGUAUGCAAGAUCGUGUGUCACAAGUAUCAUCUUCAAGUCCUUUGUAUGGUCAGCCUUUGAACCAGCCGACCCCGUCGCCAUCACCCAACCAGUGUGACAAGUGUGGCUUUGUCUGCGACUCCGCUGUGCAGCUCAACGAGCACUGCAACUCGGCUCACGCUGGCACCAGCUCAGGCCCCAAUUCUGCUGCGCUGCCAUUUCAACAAUUUCCAGGCAAGCAAUACAAUAAUUCUGGGUAUUCUAAUGACAACACAAAAAUCAAGGAAGAACAUGAAGAAUCUUCCGAUAUAUUAGACUUGGAUUCACAAAAAGUCGUUUAUCAAGGUAAUGAGGGCGAGCAGCCAAACCCUUCAUAUGAUGAAGCCCCGCAACCUGGCAGAGAAGUCAACACCAGGACGGUACCGAUGAUGCCAUGGGAAACGCAGAAGCUGUACAGCAACCCCCAAAUUAACGGCGAUGUAUCACUAUUCAAAGAGCAAAAAAUGUUCGGGGAGCAGAAAACACCAUACCCAACCGACGCCAAAAUGUUUCAUCCUGAACAAAAGUUUGCUUACGCCCAAGACAAAUUUCUUCCUGGGCAUCAUGACCAAAAGCAAUUCAUGCAUGUAGAGCAAAAAAUAUAUCCAGGUGUUCAAAUGCCGCCCCUGACUGACUAUGCUGGCUUGGCGUCUUCCAACCCGGAUAUGAAGCCUCCUUAUAGGCCAUACGAUUCUCCGGCGGCACCUCAAAUAACAAGCACACAGCCUGCUAAUCCCACAUCUUCAACCUUGCCAUCGAUCGGUGGGAAAGGUGCUAAUUGGAAGUCAAACGAAGCGCGACGACCAAAAACCUACAACUGUACCGCUUGCAAUAAAUGGUUCACAAGUUCGGGCCAUCUCAAGAGGCACUACAACACCACGCUGCACAAGAACGCUGUGAGGUCGUCGGGCCAGCCGGACCCGGCCACGAUGCCGAUCUCCAGCCACCACCACCCGAGCCGCGACUCGCUGCAGCGCGCACAGCAGCAGUCGGCCGACUCCAACACGCAGAGCCCGGCCCCCUCCGACGACGGCCGCAGCGUCGACGACUCCGCGCUCCAGUCCCCCUACGCAUCGCAGAACUUCGACCGCUCUCACCGCGUGGCCACCAUGCAGUCCAAGUCACCAUAUACGCAUCUUCAACAGGGUAAUUUAGAUAAUAAUUUCAGUAAUAAUCCUUUAGCUAAUCAUCCGUUACAGCACCAAGUUGGGUCACAUCCGCUCAAUAUAGGUAGUCAACCGCCAGGUAUAGGGAAUCCUAACGAUAACUCUCAGCAGGGUUCAAAGGGUGUCGCAAUUUCAACAGCUGGGAAUCCCCCAAACGGGGAAGCAGGUCCCUCUGUUUCUCAAAAUCAUCAUAUGAGGGGCCUGCUAUCAGUAUCAACCAGCAAUAUUUCAACUCCGCCGCUAACUCAGAGUACGCCGGCGCUUACGGCGCACACGCUGCCUCCGUUCAGUCAUUUGGGUGUCAACCCGUACAGCCAGAGGUCUACGGAUCCUUUGGCGCCUUCGGUUCCGGACCCCACGCACACCCCAUUAUAUUUGGGUCAGAAUUUUCAGCAGACUAUAGCACCGAGUUACCCAAACGGGAUGGCCCCCCACGUUAUGGAUAUGGCUAUCAACAAUCUGCCUAUAGCCAGUCCGGCUACUUUUGGUGAAUCAGCACCAGAGGAUGUCGAGGUUAUGGAACAAGAAACGUCUAGUGAGCCUGCGGGUGGACGCUUGCCUAGUUUCGCCCAGCUCCAAACGCAGAGCUUCAGCGUUUAUGUUUCAAACUAUAUCACACAGCCUAACGUGGGGGGUCAAGUUAUCGCUGACGAGUCGACCGCAGGAUACAUCAUCGUCGAUCCGGUAAACACUCCUUUGCAAUAUAGUAAUAUCGAGAUAUGCGGGCAGGGAAUCGACACGUACGAUUAUAGCUACUCGCCGCGAGCUACUAAAGACAAUGUCGUUAGUUACAGUUCAGAUCACGUCAAACUUUAUCCGUACGAGUAUGCAGUAGGCGGUAAAACGAUAAAACGCGAAGAUGAUAUCCUGCGUACAGAUGCUAGUCAGCUUCAAAUACUGAAGAUAGAGGAUAUAAUGGAUUACGCGAACAAAGAGAAUUACGGGUCGCAAAUGAAAUCUCCUGCUAGUCCGGAGAGCGCGAAGGCGGAAAAUGAGAACCGCGGCUCGCCGUUGAUCUCCUCGACGGUGACCACGCCGCUCGCCGAGCGCAACCAGGUCAAGAAGGCCGCACCGGCCACGGUGCACAAAUGCUACGAGUGCGACAAAAUUUUCAACAAAGCCUGCUAUCUCACACAGCACAACAAAACAUUCCACUCGGGCGCGAAGCCAUUUAAAUGCGAUCGUUGCGGUAAACGAUUCUCUGACGACGUUUCCUACGAGGGUCAUUACCUAAAGCACACCGACAACAAACCCUUCAAAUGUAACGAGUGUCCGAAGUCUUUCAAUCACAAAACCGACCUGCGGCGCCACAUGUGCCUGCAUUCCGGGUGCAAGCCGUUCGCGUGCGACCAUUGCGGCAAAGCGUUUAUAAGAAAGGAUCACAUGGUAAAGCAUUUCGAUACUCAUAUUAAGAAAAACUCGCGGUCGUCGAACUCCUCGUCGUCUUCGAUAUCGUCGACGACUUCGACUUCGCCGCCAAACUCGCAUCAGAUCGUUUUUAAUUAAAAAUGAUAAUUCGUAAGUGACGCGAGCACAUAUCAUUUUCGAGUACGAAAAUAGGAACUUUGCAAUAAUUUAUAAUUUUUACCUAGUUGCGUAGUCUAUGAUGUUUAAUCGGUGUUAUGUUAUGUUUCGGUUUAUCAUUAUUACGGAAAGACUCGACGCGAUUCGUACUUGACGAUCAGAUAGAGUAUUUGCGCGCACGACAUUGCGACGACUGAUCGGACGGGAGGUGACGUCGCAUACUGAGAGUGGGUUUGUUGACGUAUUCCGUGCCCGUUGAGAUUCGGUUCGGUUCCCGCCACGCGGAGGUCCCCGUGAGGACACAACUGCGCCAAUGGGUUUCUAGCGCGCCGGCUAGUUAGUUUUUGUUGUUCAUUCAACUUAACCUUGCAUUCACGCAAGGUGACUUUACAUGCCUGGCUGUCUGGGCGCUAAACGUGUAAUUACAUGACGCUCGCGUUUUAGUCUGCGAUAUUUUUUAGAUCAAACCAUAUCAAUUUUACAUAUGAACUAUAAAAAAUAUUAGGUAAAGCAGGUAAUAUUAUUAUUUCAGGUCGAGUGUAGUGGUCGUCUAGACGUUCUGCAACAUAUCUUAAUUUUAUUGUAAUCUAUGGACCAUAGAUUUAUUUUAGUUAAAAUUCUAUUUCUUCGUAAUGAUUGUUAACGUUAAAAUCACUUUGUAUUUCGAAAAGUACUUACUUAAGUAGAAUAAUUUCUGUAUAUACCUAUUGAAUGGGACGUUUGCCAGCCAGUUAUUGUAAUUAGGCACCUGUCAUGUUAAUAGUAAAUGUUUUGAUUUAAAUGUUUUCCAGUGAAAGUGCGAUGUCAGUAAAAGAAAUUUUAUCUGAGAAUAACGAUUUGAUGCCAAAUUAUUGAUAGUUUCGCCAAGAGUACAAUGUGAUCGGUAUACUGAUCCAAUUAUAUGUGUAACACCUAGUAGUAGUGAUUCGUGUUUCGAUAAGUCCAGGCGGGCUUCACUAGUUCGGGACCGGUCUGAGCCGAAGGCGCCGCGCCGCGGCCCCGUCGCCGCGUCGUCGCGGUCACGUCACGGUCGCGUCGCAGUCGCGCUGCCCCGCAAGUGUCCGCAUCAGUACUGGCGUCCUGAGAGUGCUAGGUAGACACUAGCAGUUUUGUUCUAGAUAUAAAAUUCUUCUAUUGAUUAUAACUCAUUAUUGAUAAUUUCCCGGUGCUUCCUAUUAUUAUUUUGUCUGUUAACAUUUGUUUUAAUAUAAGCUAGUUAACUUUCUUUGUUUAAAAUCAGAAUUAUUUCGUGAAUGGAUGAAAAUAAUUUAUAUCCAAUUUUAGUUACCAAGUGUUAUGAACGAAUUUAGUUUAUACAUUCCUGUUUCGUUAGUGGUAGGAAAGUAGUCUUCCUAAACGUUGCCAAAAUAAUUAUUCCGCCAACUGUUUGCGAAACGAUUUAUUUUUAAUGUUUUUAGCGUAAUAAAAAUAAUGAAAUUCUCUAGCAAUAAUUUAAAAUAAUAAUGUAAAUGUUUUUUGUAUAGUAUUAAUUAAUAUGUCACGACUAUUGAUGAUGUAUUGCUAAAGAAAUUAUUAUGAGAAUCGUAAAUUCCUUGUACAUAUUACGUGAAAAUCGGUGAAUUGACAGUUUGACGGGACAUAUCGAGGCCACGUGCGCGGGCGCCGCUUCUCGUCGCGUACGUGCGGGACGCGCCCGCGCCUCAUAUCAUUGGUCGCAUUAUUACAACCAAGAAUUCGUUUAUCACUGCAUAAGAUGUGCAAUAUGAACAUUAUAUCCACUUAAUUUUGAUAAUGUUUGUAUUUGAAUGUUGAUUAUAUUGCAGAAGUAUUUUUAUACAAAUAGUAUAAACUCAAUGUUGAUCUACCUCAUCAGCUACUGUUCUAUCCGUAUAUACAAACACAUAUUUAUUAUACAUAAAUUGAUUGAUAAAUUAAAAAGCAAUAUCUGUCAUGUUAUAUUAUAUUAUGGACAGAAAAGGCCUACCUCUUAGAUACGAAUGAAAUUUCAUGUUAAUUUUGAUACGAUAUAGUACUCCAUAUUAUAUUAUAGAAAUAUUAUAAUAUUACAUAUACAAAUAUAUACUUCUUGUGUCAUGGUACUGCGGUUGUAUAAACAACACGAUCGUGGUCGACUAUGCACAUUUCAUAUCCGUACAAAUUAUUGUGAAGUUUUUAUAGAUACAGGAUACAAAUGUUAUUACGUAUAUUGUUGAGAAAAUGUAUAAUUAACAGAAGUAUUUUCUUCAUAGCAAUAAUGUAACAGUGACACAAUAUUUGAAACUUAUCUACCUCAAUUAAUGAGUAUAAGAAAUAUAAUAUCUAGUGUUGUGAAGCGGGUGCCGGGCUCUGCUGGCGCACGAAAACAAUAUACCUCAUACUGCCUUCCACGAAAGUGAUUCGUUUAAAUAUAUUAUUUACUGUAGGAGACAGUCGCUUGCGCAGCCCCCGGCAUCUCGCCCUCAUAAAUAUAUAUAUAUGUAUACAAUAUAUAUACAGGGUGUAAAGGACAGGUCGGCGUAAAACUUUGACAGUGAAUUCAGACUAAAGGUGAUUUUAAACCAGUGAGUUUAAUUGUUAUUUUUAUUUUUGUAGUAUCAACGUGGUUUUUUUGCGAUUUUUAAUAGGGACCGAAAAACUAAAGUGACUAGGAAUCAGACUAGUCGAGUUCCGGAAAGAUCCGAGUUCCUGGUGUUAGUUUUUGCCCGCCUCCCCCUUCCACCUUGUAUACGGGAUGUUUGUCUCUCCUCAUACUGUUUAAAGCACACACUAGUAGUAUUAAUUAGAAUAUAAACUAAUGUAAAUAUAAAAUAACGAUGAAUUUGUUAUUUAUCAUAUUCUAUUAUCGUACUCAUCGAUAGACUUAUUUUGAAAUAAGUUUAACGUAGCGAUUUCAAGUUUAUAACAAUAGCACCUAAGUGAUAAGAUGUAAGAUUUUUUGUGAUGAUCAUAUUUGUGUAUAAUGUAUUAAUUUAAUUAUCAGUUACCAGAUGAUUUCUGUUACAAUGAGUUGAGUAAAAUUGGAAGAGUAAAAUUCGAUAAGAUGUUGUUUUUUUUUUAAAAUGGUUCCCUCGUCCAAUCGUGUUGAUACGAGUAGCAGGAGGAAGUGCAUGCUUUCUAUCGUUUAUUGAAAUUUGUUUAUUAUAGCGUAGCGCAAUUAAACCAGUACGGUGGGGGCGCUGAGGAGUGCAUAGUCUUCGCACCAACAAGAAAAAAAAGAUAAAUACAUUAUGUAUAAGGUAUACACUUCUUACCGCUUCCUCGCUGUAUUAGAUAAGUUUUGGUCAUAGAAUUAUACUAGUUUAAGGCGACGGAUCUGUCACACCGCUACGGCGAAAGCUAUAUGCUAUGCGUUGUAAUUUGUUCAUAUCUAUUAUAAUAUCGAUACUCAAUUAUUUUUACAGAUACAUCCGAUCAUGUGUUAUUCCCGAGGUAUACAUUUGUGUAAUUGUACUGUAUAUGAACAAAUUGCAGAUAUCCACAGCGAAUUUUGUGUAUAAUUUUAAGCAAAGCGAUUUCAUGAUUAUGUAUAACAUUUGUCAAGAUUUCUUCCCCUUUAUCUCACGAUUGACGGGAACGCAGAAAUUUUGUCAAAUCAACCAUGGCCAGCGGCAUAUGGUUCAGGUUAUGGCGUCAUAAUGUAUGUAUCCCGACUACUAUUGUGGUGUUUACGUCUUAAAUAUGCGAUAGCAGUAGUGCUGGUUUCAGAUCUGUGAGUUAAUAUAAAUUUAAUGUGAAAAACAA